AUGCCAUCAAACAUUCCAUUCUAUUCGUUGUUACUAGUGGUAUUACUAGCAACGCUAGCCUUAUUUGUUUCUCCAACGCAUUUAACACCCCAACAAGAACAAGAACAUCAAAAUCAAAAGCAGAAGAAUAGUGGCUUUAGGGUGAAGCUCAAGCAAGUCGAUUCAGGUAAGAACUUGACGCAGUUUGAGCGAAUACAAGAUGGGAUAAAGCGUGGACAACACAGACUACAAAAGAUCACAAAUAGAUCGUCAUACCAUGAUUUACGUGCAAUUUCAAGUCCAGUUAGUCCUCGAGAUGUAAGCAUUUUCUCCAUAGAGUUCUCAAUUGGUACGCCACGAAAGACCCAAUCAGUAUUGUUGGACACUGGGAGUGACUUGCUAUGGAUUCAAUGCGAGCCUUGUAUUAAUUGUUAUAAACAAAAUAAUCCGAUUUUUUAUCCGAAUCAAUCAUUGAGUUUCAUUAAUUUGUCAUCUUCAAGUGAAUUAUGUAAAGCAUUGCCGGAACUAGUACCCACUGAUGAGGGGUGUGAGUAUUACUAUAAAUAUCUUAAAGGCUCUUACACAAGUGGAAUUAUGGCUCGUGAGAACUUUACAUUUGGAGAUGUUAUUGUUCCAAAUAUUGGGUUUGGUUGUGGAGUAGACAAUGAAGGACGUGGCUUCUCACCAGGGUCUGGUAUUGUUGGUCUUGGUCGCGGACUCUUAUCGCUUGUUUCGCAGCUAAAAGAGACUAAGUUCGCUUACUGCUUGCCCUCCUUUGACGACCCCAAUAAUAGUGGUACACUUUGGAUUGGUUCACUUGAAAGAAUCUUAAUCGGUGAACUCAAAACAACUCCUUUGAUUGGUAACUGGUUCGAGCCAUCUCAUUAUUAUAUUUCACUUAGAGGAAUCUCAAUUGGUGGCACUAAAAUAAACAUCGAGAAAUCAAUAGCACUUAAAGAUGAUGGCACUGGUGGUAUAUUCAUAGACUCAGGGACACCGGUAACCCAUUUAGAAGAGAAUGCUUAUGGUUUGGUAAGAGAUGAGUUCAUAAAAAAAUUCAAGCUUUCUGAGGACAAGUCUGGCUUGUACGUGUUCGAUCUCUGCUUUAAUUUUCCCAAUGAGGGAUUGGUCAAAGUGGAGGUCCCUGAAUUGAUAUUUCAUUUUCAUGGAGCAGAUUUGUAUUUGCCAACAAAGAAUUAUAUGAUUGAAGAUAAGAAAAAUCGAGUUAUGUGCUUGGGUAUAUUUCCUUCAAAGGACUUAUCUAUGUUUGGUGCUCUUCAGCAGCAAAACGUGUUGGUGAUCCAUGAUCUUAAGGAGGAGACCUUAUCAUUUCUUCCUACAGAAUGUGAUCAGUUGUGA